UCUCUCUCUCUACAACACCCACAAGCUCCUGCCCCACGCGUGUAAAACAUGCGCACGCCCCCAUGAAAACGCAUUCUUAAACACUCACGGACACAGCGCUUAAAUCUCUCUCUUACCCAACCACUCCUCCUACAAGGGGAGAGUAAAGUAGGCAGCACGGCUCACAGCUUCUGAGGCAAAGACUGUGUCUUCAGUUCUUCACCGUCCUCGUUGUCGCAGGAUCUCACUGCAAAAAACCACAUUUUUAUCUCUUUCUCUUCCUUGGAUCUUGCUGAUUUACUGACAAUAAUCAUCAGAAACCUCUUGGCCUAAUUGGGUCUUGAUAAGUCCUCCGUCUCCUCCAUUUUCAAAUCUUAUCUUCCCUGUCUUCUCCACCCUUUUCACUGUUUUCUCUCUCUAAAGCCAUAGCUUUUCACCACUCUUCUCGCUGUUUUCUCUCUCUAAAACCAUGUCUUGGCCCUUUCAAAAGCUUGCAGGUUAUCCUUAUCCUUCUUCUUCUGAUACCAUGGAUCAGGAUUAGUCUGUAUUCGCAGGGCCUUCCUUUCUUUCUCUCUCUAGAGUCUGAAACCAUGGACCCAAAUCCGGAGUUUCCUCGUCUGACUUUUGAGUGAAUGUGGGGUUCUUGUCCUUUCUCUCUCCUCUGUUAACUUGGGAAUUUGGGUCCUCUUCCUUCUUUUUUAGAGAGAGAAAAUGGGUGGUGGUGACAAAUCUCAGAAGGACAUAGAAGAAGGGUCCCAUGAAGAAGAUGAUUGCAGUGACAGUAGCUUCUCAGAUGCAGAGGAUCGUUCAUGGCAUUCUUCUUAUGGCUCUCAUGGAAGCUGCUCUUUUGAAGAGUACAGUUAUUCAAAUGCCAGUGAUCCAGAGAUAGGAAUGGCUGGAGAUAAUCAGAGGAACUCAGUUUCAGAGUGUUCAGAUGUGGAUUUGGGAAAUGGGGUAGAGAGGGAAAGUGUUCCUGAGAUUAAGAUUCAUUUAGCAAAGGUAGAGAGAGAUUGUAGGAUUUGCCAUUUGACCUUGGAGCCCAGCACCAGCAAUCAAGAGUCGGGCGUUCCCAUUGAGCUCGGUUGUUCUUGCAAAGAUGAUUUAGCAGCUGCCCAUAAGCAGUGUGCAGAGGCCUGGUUCAAAAUCAAAGGAAACAAGACCUGUGAGAUAUGUGGCUCAACUGCUCGGAACGUUGUUGGUGUAGAGGAUGCAGAGUUCAUGGAGCAAUGGAACGAAUCGAACGCCGUAACGACCCCCACUCAAGAGCCAAGAAGCUUUUGGCGUGGCCAUCGCUUCCUCAAUUUCCUUCUCGCUUGCAUGGUUUUCGCCUUUGUUAUUUCAUGGCUCUUCCACUUCAAUGUUCCCUCCUAGACAGGGUAGAGAGAGAAAGAAAUUUGGGGGGGUUUAGAGAGAGAAAAGGUUGAAGAUUCGGGAUACUGAGAAUUGGGUUUUUGCACAGAUUGAAGAAAAGGAGCAAGGAAGAAGACCCAUUAGAAUUUCUAUUGCUGUAUUUCAAAUCAAGUAUAUGUCACUGUAUCAGUAUUUUGGGUGCCCUUUUGGCUCUCAUUUUACUCUGUUUUAUUCUCUUUCAUAGCUUAUAGUUUAUUUGAAAGGAAAGAAGCAUUUUCUUGUACAAACUCAGAGGGAGAGAGGAGCUGGCUCCCAUCUUGAGGUUCAGUGGGCUGUUAGAGUUCUUGGUAUUAAUAGCAUUUGAUUGCUUGGUUUCUUU